AUGAUUCGGACUAUGGAUCCUAAAAACAUAAAGACAGUCCUGGGUCUGAAUGCUAAAGAUUAUGGACUUGAGCCUCUUCGUAAGGGCCUCGCGAUGCCUCUCUUUGGUAGUGGAAUAAAUACGACGGAUGGGAAGUAUUGGCAAUAUAGUCGUUCUUUGAUCAAACCUACAUUCUCCAGGACGGAAAUCUGUAAUUUGGACUCGUUGGAGUUUCACUUUGGUCAGCUGCUUGAUCUGCUUCCGAAGGAUGGUGAGACGGUGGAUUUGCAGCCUCUUUUCUCUCGUCUGGUAUGUGGAAGUUGAUGCCGGGUUAAUGAGGUGCCUUUGCUUAUUGCGAUCCCAGUUUCUUGAUACGUCUACCGAGUUUCUGUUCGGCAAAUCCACUGACACGCUUCUUCCUGUACCAUCAGAAGAAGGAGAAUUGUUUAUCAGCUCUUUUGAUUAUGUCAUGGAAGGUCUGGGGAAUCGUGUACGAUUCGGUCGUCUAAAGUUUUUAUAUCGGGACCCUCUUUGGUUCGAAUCAAUACGCAAUGUCCAUACUUUUGUCGAAAAGCAUAUAGACAAAGCAAUUGAAGAAUCCGAACAAUCCGAGAUGAGUAAUGCCAGCGAAGAUGCCACAGGCCCAAACCAUCGAUACAUCCUUUUGAACGAAAUGGCCAAGCAAAUCAAAGACAAAUUGGAACUUCGCUCCCAGAUUAUUGCAGUCUUCAUGCCAAGUCGUGACACAAGUGGUACCCUUGUAUCCAACAUAUUUCACGUCCUCGCAAGAAAUCCUGUCAUAUGGUCGAAGCUAAGAGAGGAAGUAUUGUCUGUGGGAGAUCAACCACUUACCUUCGAGCUCUUGAAAUCGAUCAAGUACUUGCAAUGGAUAAUCAAUGAAACCCAUAGAAUGUAUCUGGUUUCACAGAAUAACCCACGCUGUGUUCUCGCCGAUUCGGUACUCCCUACAGGUGGCGGACCAGAUGGAAAAUCCCCACUACUUGUCCGUAAAGGAGAAUACAUCUCCUUCAACAUUUAUUGUCUACACCAAGAUAAAGAUAUUUGGGGUCCUGAUGCGGCAGAAUUUUGUCCGGAGAGGUGGGAUGGUCUGAAACCAUACUGGAAUUUUAUUCCCUUUGGUGGAGGUCCUAGGACUUGCCCUGCUCAAACGCUGGUCAACACAGAAGCAGCAUAUGUGACUGCUAGAAUGGUGCAGGAGUUUGUUCUAAUCGAGAGCAGAGAUGGAAAUCCAUGGACAGAGAAAUGGCGACUUGGACCGUAUAGCAGGUAUGGGUGCAAAGUAAGUUUGACACCUAGAAAAGAGUCGGAAAGCUUAUGA